CUAGCUUCUGGUUUGGCUGCAGGGUAAAGCGUCGUUGCACCUCCAGUUUAUGCGUUGCAAAUUCAGUGACGGCAGAAUGGGUGGGAACCUGCUUGUGAACUCCACAUGGGCGUUCAAUCGAGAUGCAGCGGAACCCAUUUUUCUAUUCUAUAUUGAAAGCUUGCGGAAAGAACGCCCCACGAAAGUGAAUAGGGAGGGGGCAGUAUUUCCCCACUUUCGUGGCUAAUGACUAUCCAAUCCGGUUGUUAGUGUUGGUUUUUAGAACCAGUUAUGUGCGCGCUAUAGGGUAAGGGAAUCUCCGUGAAAGUCCGCGAGCUUGUCACGCUCUCACAUUUUGACACACGCACACUGUGACAAGGAGCAGCACGAGAGCGAGCAGCCGCCGCGUAUAAUGGCUGCCACGGAAUGUGACAAAAGGCGGCAAAUAAAACGGUGAAACGGAAGAAAAUAUCACGGAAGCGAGGCAGAGGAUGGUGAGCAGCCAGCCCAAGUACGAGCUGAUCCAGGAGGUGGGGCGGGGCACGUACGGCGUGGUGUACGAGGCGGCGGUGCGGCGCACGGGCGCCCGCGUGGCCGUCAAGAAGAUCCGCUGCCACUCGCCGGAGAACGUGGAGCUGGCGCUGCGCGAGUUCUGGGCCCUCAGCAGCAUCCAGAGCCAGCACCCCAACGUCAUCCACCUGGAGGAGUGCGUCCUGCAGCGGGACACCCUGGCCCAGAGCAUGAGCCACGGCUCCACCUCCUCGCUCUACCGGGAGCUGGUGGAGACGUCGCUGAAGGGCGAGAUCGCCUUCAACCCGCGCCUGGCCUACUACCUGUGGUUCGUGAUGGACUUCUGCGACGGCGGCGACAUGAACGCCUACCUGCUCUCGCGCAAGCCCAGCCGGCGCACCAACACCAGCUUCAUGCUGCAGCUGAGCAGCGCGCUGGCCUUCCUGCACCGCAACCAGAUCAUCCACCGCGACCUCAAGCCCGACAACAUCCUCAUCUCGCAGGGCCCGGCGGCGGCGGCGGCGGCCGGCCGCGGGCCCGAGCCCACGCUCAAGGUGGCCGACUUCGGGCUCAGCCGCGUCUGCUCGGCCUCGGGCCUCAGCCCCGAGGACCCGGCCAGCGUCAACAAGUGCUUCCUGUCCACGGCGUGCGGCACCGACUUCUACAUGGCGCCCGAGGUGUGGGAGGGCCACUACACGGCCAAGGCGGACAUCUUCGCGCUGGGCGUGAUCAUCUGGGCCAUGGUGGAGCGCAUCACCUUCGUGGACGCGGAGACGCAGAAGGAGCUGCUGGGGAGCUACGUGCUGCAGGGCUCGGAGAUGGUGCCCCUGGGCGAGGCGCUGCUGGAGAACCCGCGCCUGGAGCUGCUCAUCCCCGCCCGCAGGAAGAAGAGCAUGAGCGCCGCCAUGCGGCAGCUGAUCCGCGACGCGCUCUCGGCCAAUCCGCAGGAGCGGCCCGACGCCGUGGAGCUGGAGCUCCGCCUGGUCAGGAUCGCCUGCAGGGAGCUGGACUGGGACACAUGACAGGGAGGAGGGGACUGUGUACGCAAAUACACACGCACAACACACGCACGCACAUAACAUACGCACACACAUGACUCAGACACACACACAUAACACUCUCAUAUAUAUAACGCUCUCAUAUACGCACACAUAACACGUACACAUAUACAUAAUACACACAUAACACAUAACAUACACAUACAUAACACAUAUACAUAAUACACAUACAUAUCACACAUACACACACCCACAUACAUAACACACACACACACGCACACACACAUAACAUACACACACACAUUACAUACACAUAACACACAUACACACGCUCGCACACACACAUAACACACAAACACACAUAACAUGCACACUCACACACACUCUCACGCACGCACACACACACACACAUAACGUACACAUACACACAUAACGUACACACAUACACAUAACACACACACUCACACACACACACACACACAUAAGAUGCACACAAUACACAUAACACACACACACACACAUGUACACACACUCUCUCUCUCUCUCUGGCUCGAUACUCACAUGUACACAUAAACACGUGCGCACACUGUAAAACUAGGACACAAUAAGGUUGUGUAAAACUGUGUCUUCUUCCAGAAUCUGCUGCAUCAGGUGUUUCCAGGGAACAGCAACACCACUAACUCCGCGGUUCCUCUACGAGCCCAGACAAACAGGGCUGGAACCCUUCCUUUUCACUAAGACUGUUUUAAAGCCUUUUUUAAAAAAUGUUUUAAACAACCCUUACUUCUGUUCUGAGUCCACAGGCGGACAGGGCGCUUUGCUUUGUGAGACUAUUUGACUCGAUUGUAUCUGUUGAAGCCCACGCAACCCCACAGAUCCCAAAGUUUACAGUCCUGUCCUCGCUCCCCAGUCAGUUGCUCAACGCUGACAAGCGGCUUGUCAUCACAGACCGCGAACCCCCCCCCCCCCCCUUCCCCGGCCGGUGCUGCUCGUAGUCCCCCGCGGUUGUUGGUGCGAGCGACGCGCUUGUCAGUCUUCACUGUGACCUUCAGCCGUACUAUAUCAGGAAAAGCCCUCGCCUGCUCGCGCGUGCCACCAGCAGAUCCCUCUGACUGCGUCCUUAAGGUGGUCCGUUUUAACCCUUCCUGAGCUGUGGGGACCCCGGAGCCCGGACUGGGAAAGACCACCUUAAGCCACCGGAGCUUCGGUAGAUCAGCACGGCGGCCUGCCGUCCUCAGGAAGCUAGCUGCCUUCCGGGGGCUGAGCCGCCAUUUUCUGCAGGGUUCACUGUUUCCCAGGGAGUUAGAGAGGUGGGGGCACGUCCAUAAUAACAAACAUUCACAAUAAUAACGACUGACAAUGAGAAUGCGUUCCUUGAAAUGUCUCAGUUUCGUUAUGAACCCGUUUACGAGAACUUGGAACUCGAAUCUGUCUUUGUGUUCAGUCUUUGGAAUGGAAGUAGGUUCCCCUCAAGCUUUGAAGAGUGCGGCAGUUGUUGUUUUCUGAAAGGGCGAGGCAGAUGCUUGUUCCCUCGUCCUGCAGAUCGUACGUUUGUGUAACGGAAGCUCCCGCCGCUGGGUACCGGGGUGCUGCGCUGGUUCAGCUGAGGGGCUUUGAGAGCUGGAGUUGGUAUCAAACGUGUGGAGGCGCUCUUUUCCAUCGGUGCCUCUUCACGCACUGGGUGCACUGGCCUUGUUCAUUUGAAAUGGCGGGGGUUUUUUUUACAUUUCGUUUUAUCGCCACGUUUAAUUGCUUGAGGUGUCGAUUUCAGACGUGAUUUUCAGGGUUGCUCGGCUCAGAGAUUCACUGCAGAGUUUUCGCCAUUUUUGCAGUCCCGGUUUUUAAGUGACUCUUACGAAAAGGCACGGGGAAGACGUGCUCCUUUUUUUCUUAAACCAGCGGCCCGCUGCAUUGGAGGUGUCUUGCGUCUGUUCCCACGCUCGCUGACAAACAGGGUGCUGUGGGCGGUGCCCUUUUCAACCUGUCCGUCAGGCACGGGUCAGAGACCUGGUUGGUCCAUGUGUGCGGUGUCGAAGACAACCCCAGAACUGGAGUGUAUCCAUGGUCAAUAAUUUCAGUUUUUUUAGGUACUGCUAGCAGUCUGUCAGGCAUUUUUUUGAAGUUGCCAUUCCUUCAGUGUUAAAGCAGUUGCUCUGGUCUGUUGACAGUUAAACCAAACUUGUAUUUUCAGUGUCGUUUUUACUUCUGAGCAAAGUCAAAAUCCAUCUUCAGAUAUUUUAACUUUAGGUCUGAGAAUGUUUUUAAUCUUAACAGCCUUUUAAGCAGUGGCCAGUAUUAAGCUAUUAGCUGCAUUGCUGUAGAAGGACAGCCCAGGACAGCUGUGAACCUGUGUCAUUAAGGAGGUGUCUGUUCCAAGUCGGCCUCGUUUGAAAUUCAGUUCUCGUACCGCAUCACUCCAGGUCCUCAGUGAACUGCUUGAGCUCGAGCUGAGAAGCAUUUAGCGGUCGAAGCAGGCCCCUGUCCCUGACGGAUGGCUUUAUCUUUAAACCGAUAUAAAUGCGAAGCAGACCGUAAUAAAGCAUGGCGAACAUCGGUGGG